AAGCUAAAGUUUCCUUUUCUCUACAGCAGUUUGUGUUGUGAGAAGUGUUACAAGUUGCUACUUGGUGAUUGUGUGUGUACUUGAUUAUUGUUUUGAAAAUACGUACAAAUAUAUAAAAUUACCAGUUUCAGCAAAAUGGACAACGUUCGUCGAAUACGAUGACUACAAAAGCAAUGCAUACCGGAAUAGCAUGACCUAGGAUUCAUAUAUCGGUGGCAUGGGCGUUUUCACAGGGGAUGAAGCGUAUAGCAUUCCCUAUAUCGCUCAUCUUCUUCACUCUUUACCCCAUGUGAACAUAAGCCUUCACCAUGUGAAUAGUUCCUUCGACCCCUAUAACCAAAUAUAUUUAGAGAGUCUUGGAAUUCUGGGAUCCAUACCAGCAGCACUCCUGAUCUUGACAUUACUACUUCUUCUUAUAUACCUCUUGACAAGAUGCUGCGACCGCAAGCCGCGACCGGCAAAGUCGAUAGCCGCCCUGAAGGUAAUCUUAGCCUGUGUAUCAGUUCUUUGCUGUGCCGCAGUUGGCUUAGGGCUAUACGGAAACGACGACCUCCAUAACGGCUUCACCCAGCUAAUGCAGGAGGCACGGCAAGUGAACAACGUGGUGGGAAAGAUCAGAAACCAGACGGAGCUUAUGGAACGCCAGCUCAGAGUACAGGCUUCCCAACAGUUGUUGGCCAUCAACGAUAUCUUCGAUGAGCCAGUGUCCAAUAUGACCCUUUACAAGGAAGCUAAAGGUUUCCUGCUGAGAGCAACAGAUAAUUGUUCCUUGGUGGCAAACGCUGCUGCCGACAUUAGGCAUCCUCUGAAUCUAGAUCUAACAGAGGAGAUUAGGGCAGGUGAACGUUUUGAGAUGGUGCGUUGGCCCUUAACGAUGGCUAUAUUGAGUGUACUUUUGAUACUUUGUGUAAUUUUGUUGGUGGGUGUGGCGAGACACAACAGAUGUGCCCUUAUCGCUUUUUCAGUGUGCGGACUAUUGGCCAUAAUAGCGUCUUACUUGAUGGCGAGUGUAUAUAUUUCUUCGGGGGUUGCUCUUGGUGAUCUUUGUAUGGCACCCGACAAAUUCAUCGAAGAUCGGGGAUAUACCGAACUUUCCAAAGAAAUAUUGAGAUACUAUACAAUAUGUGAGAGAGCCAGAGCUAACCCAUUCACUCAGCGACUGCGGGAGGCCAAAACAGCCAUUGAGAACGUGAGAACGAACCUUCAGAAACUGAGACUACCCGCAACCUAUUUAUUUCCCAAAAAGGGACUGGAUACCAAAUUCAGUUCUUUAAAAAAUGAAAUAAACUCAGCAGACGGCCUAGUCACCACCAUUACAGCAUUAGUUGAUUGUCGCACAUUCCACACACAUUUUCUACGGGGGGCGAAAGCCAUGUGUAAUGUUGGGCUCACAGGUUUAAGCAUGAUGUUGAUAUCAGCUCUAAUAGCUGGAUUUCUGUUAACUGUACUCGUGUGGGUUGACUCCCACACUUGGAUCUACAUCAGGAAAAAGAAAGACUACCAGGACCAUAAUGAGACUGACCCAUUUCUGCCUACAGCACAAGCCAGCCAGGCAGUUGCAGCUCGCACUCUACAACGGAGCCAAGGGUCGUCUUAUCCCCCAGACACUCCUCCCCCCAGCUACUCAUCCGCCUUGAUGUAUAACAGGGUGCAUGCAUCUGCCCCUCCCUUGCAUGAUGCUCAAAAUCCACUAGAUGGAUGUGACAACCGGCCAAACGAGCAACAUCAUAGAGGAGCCCAUCUGUCGCAUCUCCGCGGUCACACCCUUGGCAGAUUACCAUCACACCAUCACGACCCCAUCUUGGCAGGACCCAAUAAUGGAAAGUACGCGACUCUGAGCAAACAGUGCAAGACGCUAGAGAGCUCUGACUUUUACUGAGACAGGCCUGCCUGCAAGGAUUUCCCAAACUUCAAAGGUUUUAAGUUUGAUCAGCAGCAUCAACAUAAACGUUCGAUUCCUCGAAGUGCUUCCCAUCAGGAUGGCCAACAAAGGACUGCCAAUAUUCAGAAGUUUAGUACCCUGGGUAGGCGUCCCCUUCCACAAACACCGGACGAGAAGUCGCGCAAACAACCCUCAGUACCCAUGGUACCGAACACUAGCAUCGAGACACCGUUGAAUCCCGCUAAUUUUCGCUCUCUUCAAAGGGGUGCGUGGCAAGAUAGAACCAGCUCAUUCCAACCAAACACGCAGUUCCGAUCUCUUCAAAGGGGUGCGGGCGUUCAACACCAGUCCUCCCAUUCUCAAUUCAGGUCGGCCAAAAUACAAGACCAAGCGCACGAGGGUCCAGUUUAUGCCAAUAAUGAAACCGAACGUCAAUUGUAUGCUGUAACUGAAUUAUAAAUUUAUUUUUUAUGUUUGGGUAAUUGCAGGCAGGGAAAAUAUAAUAUAAUAGGUUUAUACCUCUUAUUCUAUUCUAUGUAAUAAUAGGAAAACCAAGUUUUUGUGAACAAAGCACAAAGCUUUUACGGAGGAAUUUUGAAGACUAGAAAAUUCAUACUUUCUCUCAUCUAGUCAAUUCAUGAUUUUUUUCAAUAAAAAAACGUAGUAAUUCAGGAAAAUGGUAGUACAUAGUUGAGAAAUAGACACUUUUUGUAUCAUGAACCCAAUUUGAUGAUUGCAAAAUUAAUUUAGUUUUCACAAAAGAGUCAGAGUGUCUUUCAAUCGAAUUUACAGAAAACAAAAAUUCUCUGCAGAAGAAAUUUUUGUACCAGUGCUCUCUAAAGUCAAGACGCACUUCUUUCAAAAAGACAAAUGUAGAAUAUAGUUGAAGAUUUUUUAGCCCAAUUCAAUAUCAUGAUGUUUUAUAUAGCGAAUAAUAUCAUCAUUAUUUAAUGAGAUGUUAAGGUACCGAGUUAACAUUAGAAUGUCGGGUGCAGUAAUGAUCUCCCCUACCAUAGCAGUACGAAAAAGACGCAGUCAUCUGCUGUGAUACGUAACGGCGCCACAACUUUUUUACGAAAUAUAAUCCAAUUCAAGCUAUUAAUCAUCACAUAUUGCUUCUUAUCUUAAUCUUUUCUGUUAUUUAUCAAUGAGUUAAAUUUUUUGUACCUAACUAUAGUCGUCCCAAUUUUUCACCAAAAUCACUUCAUUUAGAAUAAUCCAGAGAUAUGGAUCUGAUAUUUACCUUGAAAUAUAAUAAUUAAUACUUUUAAGACCUUUGCCAUAUAAAUGGGAUCAAAAAUUCUCGGAGUAGAUAGGCGUAUAGUCAAUGGAUGAUUAGCCAAGUAACGCAAUAACCUAAGUCUCUCAUAGAUAGUAAAACUCUCAAACCUCAUCGUCGUUGAUGUAUUGUUCGUUUUGUAAAUAAUAAUGUGUAUAAAAACUUUUCCUCAUGAAAGUUAUCAGUGUCGAAAUAACUCAACUCGAGGUAACACAUUCAUUUACUGAAAAAUUGAUCUGAAGUCAAUACCUAUCUAAUAUGACUGAAUUUUACACUAAUUUUCAUUUCGAAAACAAUAAAGAUACAAAUGGAUUCUUGAAUAUUUUUCAUUGUUGAAUUUGUUACUACUAUGUGACAUGCAUUUCAAUGUUCUGUAUUAUCAAACAGGAUUCACUCAAAUGACUCUUCUAUAAAUAUACAUAAUAUAAGGAACAUAAAACCUUUGAAUGUGUGUGAAGUAGCAUUAAUUUCCAUUUUUAGGAUAAGGUAGCAUAUGAAUAAAAGUAAAAUAUUUCGUAGUGACUUGGUGUUGAAUUUGUGAUAAAUUGCCAAAAACUUUAUAAUAGACUUCUAUUUAUUUACAGAUUCAAGUAAUCUAAACCAUUUAGGUCAUUAUUCAGAAGUUCGAUAAUUCAUUCCCAAAGAUAAAAAUUUCCCCUUUUAUUGAAAUUACAUUUGAAAAAUUCAUUUAUUGGUUGUCAAAAUUCCUUUCAUAUUAUAUUCACAAAUAUACUGCUAUUGAUACAAAAUUGCUUGUAUCAUAUCUUUCUGUGAAUGAAAAAGGUGUGUUUUAUAAAAGUUAUAUAACUUUUACAUUUUAUCAUCAAUGUUAUUAUGAGUUCUUCCUUCGAAAUGCUGCAUUCUUUAUGUUUGCAUUUUGUAUAUCGAUUUAUUGGCCUGCAAGCUGAUUUUUCAUGUUUUCAAUGUAUUAUAUUCAAUACUUCAUGUAAAUGCCAUAUUUUGUAAAGUUCAAGAAUACUUUUCACGAACUCUUAAGUCAUUGUAAAAGUUAUGUAUUUAAUAAAAAAGGAUUAUUAAAU